GCCAUGGUUGGCUCAAGCCAUCUCAGCUCAGGGAACUCCUUUAGACCCAUAAGCUGCAUUACUCCGUUUUCACACUACUACAUCCAUCCACCAUGCUUUCCUUACACUACUACGUUCAUAUGGUUUUGUGUGCGUCUGCACACUUGGGGGUGCACGUGCAAGCAAUCCAUCUUAAGCAUGAUGCCCAGCUUGGCAAUUCGCCAGACGCAUACACCCUGGCAUCCGGAUCGUGCCCCCCUGGAUACGCGGCUAUCUCUUCCACUUCGGAGUGCGAUGCAGCUGCAAGUGCGCUCGGACUCACGCCGGGCCCUGGGGUGUCCCACGCCUGGGGUGGCAGCUGUGCGAAAUGGGACGGCGGGUGGGGCGCAUGGGGGAGCACCUGGUACUGGCAUUAUGGCAGCACCCAGUUCAGCGCCGAGCUCAUCUGUGCCGUCUCGCUGGCUCCAACCAGUGUGGCCAGCGCCACGCUCAGCACGCCCAGCCCCACGCCCAGCCCGACGUCCAGCCCGACGCCCAGCCCGACGCUCAGCCCGACGCACAGCCCAACGCUCAGCCCGACGAUGAGCCCGACGCCCAGCCCGAGCUUCCCCGUCGCAGUUCCAAGUUCGGGCGGGGCCGCUGCUACUGGCGAUCCCCAUCUGCAGAAUAUCCACGGAGAGCGGUUCGACGUGAUGAAGCCAGGCAGGCACGUUCUAAUACACAUUCCCCGUGGGGAGCCCGCCCGGAACACGCUGCUCCACGUGGAGGCCGAGGCGAACCGAUUGGGUGGGCAGUGCUCGGACAUGUAUUUUCAGAGGCUGAACAUUACUGGAGCUUGGCCAGAGUCGAAACGAGCAGGAGGGUACCACUACGAAUCGCAAAGUGAUGUCGACGAGAUUCCGGAAUGGAUUAGUCUCGGUAUGCUCGAGCUGAAGGUUGUCCAUGGACGUACACAGCAGGGCACCUUGUACCUGAAUUUCUACGUCAAGCAUCUUGGGCGAGCGGGGCAUGCUGUCGGAGGCUUACUGGGAGAAGAUGACCACUCUGACGUAGAGAUGCCUCCGGAGGCUUGUGCCCAGCGGAUCUCCCUCCUGGCGCAAAGUGCAGACAUGAACAAUCAUGGCUCUGCGCUGUCGGUAGCAGUCGCAAGCUUGGAGUGACUCGUGGCCAGACCAGGUCUGAUUUCACGCUCCCCCUCCUCCGCCCAGCGAGGUCGCUUACUUGGCGCGAAGUGCAGACAUGAGUAGCCAUGGCCCUGCAUUAUCCGCAGCGGUCGCAAGCUUGGAGUGAUUCGUGACCAGGCCCGUUUGCAACUUGCAUCCCUCCCUCCCUUCUUCCUCCCCCCUCCAGCUACACUUCCCCGCUCUGUUUUCCCCCAACCGUACUCCUGCGGCGGCGCGGACGUACCCGCGCCAGGCCCCGUCCUGGGGCCCAGAGCUGAGGGAUUGGACCUUCUUCCCCCCCCUUGGAAUAGAGUCUAGAGCAACAGGGAGCACGUCGUGGAAGAGUUACGGUGGGUGGAC